AUGAAGUGGACCGCGAGUAAGGUGUUCCAGUGCGUCACGUUGUUCCUCCUCGCAUCAGCGCUCGAAAUAGGCGGGUGCUACGGCUUUUGGCGCGCCGUGCGGUUGGAAAAGAACAAGUUGUGGGCGGCAUUCGGCGCGGCCUCGCUCGUCGCGUACGGAGGCGUGUUUCUUUUAAUGCCCAUGGAUGCGUUCGCUCGCAUCAUGGCGGCGUACGGUGGAGUGUUUAUCGUUUCAUCGUACGCGUUCGGGGCGGCGGUUGAAGGCUUCAAGUUGGACGCCGGCGACUACGUUGGCGCGAGCAUCGCGCUAGCGGGCGUCGGCGUGUGUUUGUUCUGGCCGCGGGAGUAG